AUGAGUGGCAACUUUGCUCCUGUGUCUGAGACACAUAGUUCGGAACCAUGUUAUUGCAUUGGCAGUGUCCCGGAGGAGCUCAGCGGCGGGCAGUAUGUUCGUAACGGGGGAAACCCUGCGAUUGAAGUUGAAAUCGCUGGCAAAACGCACUGGUAUGAUGGGGAUGGGAUGCUCAGCGGAGUAUAUUUCCGAUCUUCCCCAGGCGGAGCACAUAUUGUGGCUGAAUAUUCCAAUCAAUAUGUGAUGACAGACGUGCUCCUCGCGACUAUGGACCAUCCGACCUUAGACGAGCCCAUUCCCCUUAGCAUUGCCACUUUGUUGGAUCCGCAUGUUACGCUAGGCCAAUUUCUGAAGCGGUUAUGGCGAAUGACCAAGGUCAUUGCCACGUCUUAUUUGGAAUUUUAUUCCCAUACAAUCAAGAGAAUUAGUGUGGCCAACACCAACAUCGUAUACCAUGAUGGCCGGGCUCUUGCGCUUUGCGAAAGCGGUCCACCUCUAAGGGUUUCACUGCCGGAUCUUAGAACGGUUGGGUGGUUCAAUGGAUUAAUUUCAGAAGGAGAGCCAAUGGGGGACACUGACACGAGUGGUUUUGGAGCUUCUGGUUUCUUCCGGCUUUUUCAGGAGAUGACAACUGCACAUCCUCGUUGCGAUCCACAGACGCAGGAGAUGAUUAUUUUCCAUUCCGUUUUCAUUCCACCAUACGUUUCCUACUCGGUUAUACCAAAGCGGGGCAAGACUUCGAGCCGCCCAGCAAACAUGCUUCUUAACGUGCCUGUACCUGGCCUAUCGUCCCCUAAGGUGAUGCAUGAUUUUGGAGUCUCACGAAAGUAUACCGUGAUGAUAGACUUGCCACUUACUGUCAAGUGGUCGAACCUCUGGCACACCAAGCCUGUUGUUAGCUUUGAUGUUUCCAGCAAGGCUGCGUUUGGUGUUUUCCCCAGACAUAAUCCAGACCAGAUCCGCUGGUUUCACACCGAGGCAUGCUGUAUAUUCCAUACAGUCAAUACCUGGGACACAGAACCCACGGGUGAUGAAAAGGGCCUUCAACCUCGCGUAAACAUGCUUGUGUGCCGGAUGAAUAGCCCUGCUAUUCUGUACACGACUGCUGACCUGGAUCCGCCGGUGGUUCCUGCGCAAGAUGGCAUUCCGCAAUGUCGACUCUACUUUUAUCAAUUUGAUCUUACUCGUCCCUGGAAUAUCAUCUCACAUCAAUGGGCGCUCUCUGCAAUCCCAUUCGAGUUUCCACAUGUACCAAAGCAAAGCACAAUGUCAGAGACAAGGUAUGUAUAUGGCUGUUCGACGACAGAGGGAUGUUUUGGCACGGCACUAGGGAAAGCAGUAAAGAUCGACUGUAUAGUGAAAGUCGACGCAAAGGGUUUGAUUCAGCAGGGGUUGGAGACUUCUCCUGAACCUAUUUUCGGCUGUGUGGACUGUCGAUCUGUGCAGGAGAUUGUCCAGGAUAGAAAGUCCAAUGACCCUAUUAGUAUAUUCCGAUUGCCGACCGGAUGGUACGCUCAGGAAUGCUCAUUUGUGCCUCGCCAAGGGACUGUAGAUGAAGAUGAUGGCUGGCUGCUCAGUUUCGUGUUCGACGAGUCGCAGCUGGACAGCGCAGGUGAGGCGAUGAGCAAUGCCCGUAGCGAGUUGUGGAUCAUCGACGCAAGGGACAUGCAGACAGUGGCAGCUCGAGUUGUGCUGCCACAACGGGUCCCUUACGGGAUGCAUGGGAACUGGUUUUCCCGGGAAGAAAUCGAAGAUCAACAACCUGUGGAAUCUUACCGCUGUCUCCCAAAAAAAGUGGGCCAUUCUUAA